CCGUGCCCGCCAAAACACUGGUGACUAGUAAGUUAAAUGGCGCGGGUGAUAGGAUUACAAUACAUUGGAGUGUAAUCUUAGUAAGGAGCUGAGGAGAAAUGGAGACGAUGAUGAAGAACUUCAUGAAAAGCCAUCAAACCCUGUUUCACCCAACCAAACCCUCUAAUACAAAUAAUAACAAUAAUUAUCAAUACGACGGUGACGGAGAAGGCGACGAUUCAACCAUUCCCCACCUCUCUCCUCUCGCUCAUUCCGUACUCUCUCGCUCUUCCAAAAUCCUUGCAGUCUCAGUGCAAGAGCUACGGCGUCGUUUUGAUGUUGAGCAUGAGUUUGAUAGCCAGCAACUGGUGAAACACACAAGGAUUUUCCUUGAGCUUUGUUGCUAUCAGGCUCUCCAUCAUAUUAUCACAACCCGUUCUGAUUAUUUGAGUGACAAGGACUUCCGUCGCUUCACCUAUGACAUGAUGCUUGCUUGGGACUCGCCUACUCAUACCCUUCCCGUCAACGAUUCACCACAGAAUGAAACCAGCAUCUCUUCCGGUACACGACAAGAGGAGGAUGAGGAUGGCUGGUCCCUUUUUUACUCCACUACCACAAGUAUGGCUGUUCAGGUUGAUGACACAACAACUGUUGGCCGAGAGGCUUUUGCCCGUAUUGCUCCUGCCUGUCCUGCUGUUGCUGACGUAAUAACCGUCCACAAUCUUUUUGAUUCGCUCACUACCUCUUCAGACAGCAGACUUCAUUUUCUCAUUUAUGAUAAAUACCUUCGCAGCCUUGACAAGAUCAUUAGGAGCGCAAAGAACACACCAGGACCCUUGAUUUCCAACCAUCAGCUUGCUGAAGGAGAGAUCAUCCUUGAUGUUGACGGUACAAUUCCCAUUCAACCUGUUCUACAGCAUAUUGGAAUCUCAGCAUGGCCAGGCCGAUUGACACUGACUAAUCAUGCUAUCUACUUUGAGUCAUUGGGAGUUGGUUUAUAUGAUAAAGCUGUUAGAUAUGAUCUGGCAUCUGAUAUGAAGCAGGUCAUCAAACCUGAAUUAACCGGACCAUUGGGUGCUCGUCUCUUUGAUAAAGCUGUGAUGUACAAAUCAACAUCUGUAGCAGAGCCUGUUUAUUUUGAGUUUCCUGAAUUCAAAAGCAAUUCUCGACGGGACUAUUGGUUGGAUGUGUGUCUUGAGAUCCUGCAUGUGCACAGAUUCAUUCAGAAAAACAACUUCAAUGAGACUCAGCGGUUGGAGGUACUUGCAAGGGCUAUCCUGGGCAUCUUUCGAUGUCGCGCAGUUAGAGAAGCUCUCUGCCGCUUUUCAUCUCAUUACAAAACCUUGCUUGCUUUUAAACUGGCUGAAAGUCUUCCCCGGGGAGAUAUGAUCUUGGAAACUCUGUCCAGUCGCCUGGCACUUCUGAAUGCAACUCCUGUUAGUGGAUCUCCACAUGCAAAACAGCAAUUGAGACUUUCACCAGUUGCACUUCUGACACUUUGUCAACUUGGAUUUAUCUUACAAAAAGAAGCAAAUCUAGAUGUAGAAGUUAUAGCAUUUGGGGAUCUUUGGGCUGGUGAGAAAAAUCCUUUGGAAAUAUCUGUGAAACAGUCAAUGUCAGAUACUGGGAAAGCUGAAGUUGCACGGGCAACAGUGGACAAAGUGAAGGUUGAAGGGAUUGAUACAAAUGUUGCAGUAAUGAAGGAAUUGCUAUUCCCGGUUAUAGAAUCAGCUGGCCGUCUCCAUCAUUUGGCCUCUUGGGAAGAUCCUUUCAAAUCGAUGGUGUUUCUGGUGUUAAGCUGCUGUGCUAUUUUAUGGGGUUGGACCAGGUAUAUAUUGCCAUCCAUUUUUGUGUGGUGUGCGGUUCUAAUGUUGGUACGAAGGUAUGUCAGCAAAAAGAUGCCCUUAGAAGCCUUCAGGGUUACAGCUCCCCCAAAUAAAAAUGCUGUAGAGCGGCUGUUGACAUUGCAAGAAGCCAUCACAAAAGUUGAAGGAUUAAUUCAGACAGCAAACAUUGUUCUUCUGAAGUUAAGAGCUAUCUUGCUUGCAGUACUUCCCCAGGCCACAGAAAGGGUUGCUGUAUUGCUGGUUUUCGUAGCUGCUGUGCUUGCAUUUGCGUCUCUGCAGCAUCUGAUUCUCUUGGUAUUUCUAGAAGCUUUCACAAGGGAAAUGCCUUACAGAAAAGAAAGCAGUGAUAGGUGGCUGAGACGAUUAAGAGAAUGGUGGGUCAGGAUACCAGCCGCUCCUGUUCAGCUCAUCAAACAGGAUGACAAGAAAAGGAAAUGAAUCAUCCAAGACCGAUUCUUCUGCAAGCUGUAAAUGCUGAAGCACAUAGAUGUUUUGCUUAAGGAAUUACAUACUGUAUAGAAAGGAAGUAGAGGUCCUUCUUUAAAAGGCCUGGAAAGUAAAAGGCCAUUGCAUGAUGGUAUGAUUUUGAACAGCAUACGUUUAACAUUUAAAAUUUGAGUUAC